CAUACCUACAAUCCUCCUAGUAUUUGAACCAUUGCCCAACAUGGCAACCGACCGAAUUCCCACCAGAGAGCGACGGCCGUCGGUCGGGGCACCCAUCGUCGACAUCCAGGGCGGUGUGAGCCCCGCAGGCAUCUCUCGACCAAAGCACAAGCGCACAUUCACAGGUUUCGGGGCUGGGGAAAUCAAGAGCGUUGAAGGUAAUUCGAACGCACCAUUAUAAUUAUGCACGCGCAUUGGCAUUGGCUUUGGGAGCUUACUGUUCGUUCUUCUUCUGGCGGGGAUGGACGAAGCUCCCAAGGUCAUCGUCAUCCAAGCUCCGCCCCCUCAAUCUCCCAACACCACAACGCCCCCACAUGCCCCUCAUUCCCCGGCGGAGCUGACAGCUCCUCCAGCGUCCAUCCCUGAACCUCAGCGAGAGGCCUGGUUAAAACAUCAAGUCAGUGGCUUCAAAGACAAGGAUGCCUUUGAGACCGAUGUCGUGCGCCAUGUCGAGACUACUUUGGCUCGAAGCAUGUUCAAUUGCGACGAGUCGGCUGCGUAUGCUGCCUGCAGUCUCGCAUUCCGUGACCGCCUGGUCUUGGAGUGGAACCGCACCCAGCAACGCCAGACCUUCUCCGACAGCAAGCGUGUCUAUUACUUGAGCUUGGAGUUCUUGAUGGGGAGAGCUCUCGACAAUGCCAUGUUGAACAUUGGCCAGAAAGACGUGGCAAAAGCUGGUCUGGCCGACCUUGGCUUCCGAAUCGAGGAUGUUAUUGAGCAGGAACAUGAUGCUGCUCUGGGCAACGGUGGUCUGGGACGCCUCGCAGCCUGCUUCCUCGACAGUCUGGCAAGCUUGAAUUACCCGGCUUGGGGUUACGGUUUGCGAUAUCGCUAUGGUAUUUUCAAGCAGGAGAUCAUCGAUGGAUACCAGGUCGAGGUGCCAGACUACUGGCUCGACUUCAAUCCCUGGGAGUUUCCCAGGCAUGAUGUGACCGUUGAUAUUCAAUUUUACGGUAACGUCCACAAGUCGACCGACGGCUCGGGCAAGACCGUCGCACAUUGGGAGGGUGGUGAGACCGUUAAAGCUGUGGCUUACGAUGUGCCUGUUCCCGGCUAUGCGACGCCAACGACCAACAACUUGAGACUGUGGUCCAGCAAGGCUGCCAGUGGCGAGUUCGAUUUCCAGAAGUUCAACAGCGGUGAAUACGAAAGCUCGGUUGCCGAUCAGCAGCGAGCCGAGACCAUCAGCGCAGUUCUGUAUCCCAACGACAACCUCGAGCGAGGAAAGGAGCUGCGUCUCAAGCAGCAGUAUUUCUGGGUUGCUGCUUCUCUUUACGACAUUGUCCGUCGCUUCAAGAAGUCGAAGCGCGCAUGGAAGGAGUUCCCCGACCAAGUUGCCAUCCAGUUGAACGAUACCCAUCCGACGCUGGCUGUGGUUGAGCUCCAACGAAUUCUUGUCGACCUAGAGGGUCUCGAGUGGGACGAGGCUUGGAAUAUCGUUGUUAACACCUUCGGUUACACCAACCAUACCGUGCUCCCCGAGGCUCUCGAGAAGUGGUCCGUUGGCUUGUUCCAGCACCUCCUCCCAAGGCAUCUACAGAUCAUCUACGAUAUCAACCUCUUCUUCCUGCAGUCGGUUGAGCGGGCAUUCCCCAACGACCGAGACCUCCUGGGCAGAGUUUCUAUCAUCGAGGAGUCACAGCCGAAGAUGGUUCGCAUGGCGUUCCUCGCUAUUGUCGGCUCCCACAAGGUCAAUGGUGUUGCUGAGCUCCACUCCGAUCUUAUCAAAACCACCAUCUUCAAGGACUUUGUCAAUAUCUUUGGGCCCGACAAGUUCACUAAUGUGACAAACGGCAUCACUCCCCGCAGAUGGCUCCAUCAAGCCAACCCUCGUCUUUCCGAGCUGAUCAAGACAAAGACUGGUGGUGAGGACUUUUUGACAGACUUGACGCUUCUCAACAAAAUUGAGCUGUCUGUCAACGACAAGGACUUCCGUAAGGAAUGGGCCGAGAUCAAGUUGGCAAACAAGGUUCGCCUUGCCAAGCACAUCAAAGCCAGCACCGGAGUGUCUGUCAACCCUUCCGCACUCUUCGAUGUCCAAGUCAAGCGAAUCCACGAGUACAAGCGCCAGCAGCUGAACAUAUUCGGGGUUAUCCACCGGUAUCUUACUCUCAAGGCCCUGACACCAGAUGAAAGGAAGAAGCAGCUGCCGCGAGUCUCUAUCUUUGGCGGCAAGGCUGCUCCCGGGUAUUGGAUGGCCAAGCAAAUCAUCCAUUUGAUCAACAGCGUUGGUUUCGUUGUCAACAACGACAAGGACAUUGGUGACUUGCUCAAGGUAGUCUUCCUUGAGGACUACAACGUGAGCAAGGCCGAAAUUAUCACUCCGGCCUCGGAUAUCAGCGAGCACAUCUCGACUGCUGGCACUGAGGCCUCGGGAACCAGCAAUAUGAAGUUCGUAUUGAACGGCGGCCUGAUCAUCGGAACCUGCGACGGCGCAAAUAUUGAAAUCACUCGCGAGGUUGGAGAGAACAAUAUCUUCCUCUUUGGAAACUUGGCAGAAGAUGUCGAGGACCUUCGUCAUUCGCAUACCUAUGGCGCUCACACGGUUGACCCCGACUUGGCCAAGGUGUUUGAGGCCAUUGAAUCUGGCACGUUUGGUGACCAGCAAGACUUUGCCGGCAUGAUUACGGCAGUCCGUGACCAUGGCGACUAUUACCUGGUGUCGGAUGAUUUCCACAGCUACAUUGAGACUCACGCGAUAAUCGACGAGGCAUACCGCGACCAGGAGGGCUGGAUUACCAAGUGCAUUACGAGCGUUGCUCGUAUGGGCUUCUUCAGCUCGGAUCGCUGCAUCAACGAGUACGCCGAGGGCAUUUGGAACAUCGAGCCUCUGCCCGUUGAUAAGUCAGACAGCGGCCUUGGCAAGGGCGAGCUGUAGUGCAAGACAUCCGCACAGAAAUCCAAUGAGGAGCAGCAGAGAAAGCAACUAGGAACUAAAGUGCUAUCAACACGUUGCUGUAGAUACUAAUUUCUCGUUCAUCUAAGGGAAGAGAGGAAUCAG